AUGGUUAAUAAUAAAAGAAAAGAAAUUGAAAAUCAAGAAAAUGAUAAUAAUGAUGAUAAUGAUGGUUUAUUAACAUACAAAAAGUUUAAAGAAGAUAUUAAUUAUGAUUCAAUAAGAAGCAAAGAAUUACAAACAAUUGCAAAAUCAUUAGGUUUACCAAUUAUUGGAAAAAAACAAGAAAUUUAUAAAAGAAUUGAAGGUUAUUUUUUAUCAAAAAAAGUUAAAUCUGAUUUAAUAAAUAGUACAACCAAUCAACUUCAACAACAACCUCAACAACCUCAACAGCAACGAUAUGUAUUACUAAUUAAAGAUGUUGAUCAACUUGAAAUUUAUUUUUGGAAAGCUUUUAGAAAUAUGAUCAUUUUUAAAAAUAUAUUUUCAAAUUUUAAAAGUAAACAAUUUGGUUAUCAUGAUUUAAUUGGUAUAAAUGAAAACUUUUUAAAAAGUUAUAGUAAUUCAUUAGAAAUAAUAAAAGAUAAUAUUAAAGGAAAUAUUAAUCAUCAAAUUAUCAGAAGUGUAAAUGAUAUUUUAAAUAUUAUUAAAACAUUAAAAAAAAAAGAUAAUGAAACAAUUUCAUUUUAUAAUACAUUAUUUUCUGCAUUCUCAUCAACAACAACACAAUCAAUAAAAUCAUUAAUUUUCCAAUUUGAUGAAAAUAUUGAUCUAUGGAUUCAAAGAAUGAUUUUAAAUGAAAAUUUAGUAGCAUUAGAUCAAUUUAUUAAAUUUUUUAAAAUAAAUUCAGAUGUUUUAAAAAAAAGUAUAGAAAUGCAUAUUAAUCCAUCAUUCUUUAAUGUAGUUACAUAUAAUAAUUUAAAGAUUUACAAUUAUUUAAAAUCAAUUAAUGCUAUUCCAACAUCACAUAUUAAACAACGAUUUUCUAAUAUUGAUUUAUCAGAUAGUCUAUCGUUUGAUUGUAAAUUGAAAAGACUUAUAAAAUCAUAUAAAUUAUUAGUCGAUCCUACAAACUUUAAAAAAAUACAAGAAAUACAUCAACAAGAAGAGGAAGAACAAAAACAACAAAAAUUGAAUUCAGAUAAAGAUUAUAUUGAAAAAUUAAAUCAAUUAAUAUUGGAAUUAAGCGAAAUUGAAUCAAUUCAUUUUACAAAUGACCAAUUAAAUUCAACAAUUAAAAAUCUAUUGAAUCAAACAACAACAACAACAACAACAACAACCACUACCACCACCACCACCACUCCAAUAUUAAUAACAAACAAUAAUAAUAGCGGUGAUAUAAAAGAUAUUAUUAAAAAAUAUUAUAAAUCAAUUUAUUUAUUUUUUAAAAUUAUUAAAGAAGGAAAUCUUUAUAAUAGAAAUUUAAUGAAACCAAUUCAUUAUUAUUUAUAUUUUAAAAAAGAAAAGAGUCUUAUUCAAUUAUAUGAAAUAUUUUGCGGUAAGAAUUAUACUCAUUAUUUAAUAUUUUUUAAAAGUAUUUUAAUGGAUCAAAAUCUUGAAAAAAAUCAAAUAUUAGAAUUAGUAUCAAAUAUUUUAGAUAUUGAAAAUGGAGUUCCAUUUCAAAAUAUUGGGUGUAUAUAUAAUUUUAAUUUAAGAAGUUUUAAUUCAUUUUGUAAAGUUGUAUUUUCAAUUAACGAUACAGAAUUAAUUGAUCAUCUAAUUAAAACAAUAAAAAAGUUACAACUUGUUUAUGAUUCAAAAACAAAAUUUCCAAGUAUCUCUGAAAUUAUAUCAACCAAUUUUCAAUAUAUUAAUAAAAAUGAAAUUGUUGACUUUUUUUUUGAAAAUUAUAGAAAUGAAACUACUUUAUUUGAUGAUCAAAAUCAAAAUUGGUAUAAUGGUCAUGUUAAUAUUAUUGAUCAUUAUGAAAAAUUAAUGGAAAGUAUUGAGAAAAGGUUAAGAUUAAAUAUAGUAUAUUAUUAUGAUUGGUUUACAAAUGUAAAUAAAAUUAAUGAAAAAAAAUAUAAUAUAAAUAUAUUAUUGGAUCAAUUAAAAAGAGCAAUUUCAAAACCUUUAUUAUAUUCAUUUUUUAAUGAUAGUGGUUAUUAUUAUAACAAAUUGUUAAUAAUAUUUGGUUGGUCUUUAGAAAAUGGUAAUGAGUUUUUAAUCAAUAACAUUUUAUCAAAUGAACAAUUUAAACAACCAUUUAGAUUUUCUGAAAUUAUUGAUAGUGUACUACCACCAAAUAAAAUGUCAAACUCUGUCAAAUUAAUUUUUAAUAAUAUUUCAAAAGAAUCAAUUGAAUCAAAGUUAUAUCAAGUUAAAGUUAAAUUCAAUUUUUCAUAUGUACACGGAUAUUAUUAUGAUGAUUUUAUUCCACUCACCUCAACAAUAUCAACAACAACUACAACAACAACAACGAAUAGUGAAGAAGUUGGACAAUUUAUUAUUGGUGAAACAAAAUCAUUCGAUUUUACAAUUUCACCUAGAAUUUUAUUUGUUUGUCUUUAUUAUUUAGAUAGGGUUGAUGAUAUUUUUUAUCUUUUUGAUAAAAUACCUGAAAUUUUUAAUUCAGGAUAUUUCUCCAAUUUCACUCAAGAAUCUUAUUUAUAUAACAUAUGUUCAAGUUAUUAUCUUGGGUUAUUUAUUAAUUAUUUUAUUGAAAAUUUAAAUGAUAAUACAAUCAAUCAUCUUUAUACUUGUCUUUGUGUGGCCUCUAGAAAAGGAUUCAUUCAAAUUUUUCAAGAUAUAUUAUCUUCUAAUAAAAAUAGUCAAUAUUUAUUAAAAGUGAGAACAAAAACAAAUCAAUCAUCAUUAUUUCAAUCGAAUUUAUUAUGUGAUAUGGUUGUAAAUUCAAUAAACUCUUCAAAUUUUCAAUUAUCAAAUUUACUAAUUGAUUUUAUUGAUUUUUCACCAAAAAAUGAAAAGGUUUUAAGAUCAAAAAUAUUUAAAUCCUCUAAUAAUAAAUAA